AUGGACUACUUAUCACAAGAACGCGCACGCGGUAUUACCAUAACCUCCGCUGCAAUUACCUUUGCCUGGCGCAAUUACCGCAUUAACCUUAUAGAUACCCCAGGCCAUGCCGAUUUUACCAUUGAAGUUGAGCGCAGCAUCCGCGUACUCGAUGGUGCUGUCACUAUUCUUGAUGGCGUUGCUGGUGUCGAAGCUCAAACGCAAACUGUUUGGGCCCAAGCCGAUCGGUAUAACGUACCUCGAAUUGCAUACGUAAACAAGAUGGAUCGGGUUGGGGCCAGGUUUGGACGAACUGUCCGGCAGAUUGCCAAAAAGUUGCGGACACGGACGUUGGUGUGUCAGAUUCCUAUCAUGAAAAAAGAUGCUCGUGGAGAAAAUGUGUUUUGGGGUGCCGUGGAUUUGGUAGAAAUGGAUGUCUUGGAUUGGGAUCAGGAUGUCAAUGGUAAUAUCGUUAAGAGGAUAAAGUUGACCGAGAAAUAUGGUGAUAAGAGUGUUUACGAUGAGGCAGUGAAAGGGAGAAUGAACCUAGUUGAAGCGUUGUCUGAGAUGGAUGACAAUAUUUUGGAGAUCAUGCUUGCCGAAGAAGAUCAUAUGAAGGUAUCGGCUGAGGAAGUGAGAGGUGCUUUGAGAAGAGUGACGCUUAGUGGUAAAGCCGUUCCCGUAUUUUGCGGGGCGUCUUUUCGGAACCGUGGCGUCCAGCCAGUGCUCGAUGCUAUUGUGGACUACUUGCCAUCGCCUCUUGACUGUGCGGCGCCUAUAGGAACUCUUGCAAAUGGGAAAAACACUGUAAUACCGCUAAAGGAGAAGGAGAGCUUAUGUGCUCUCGCAUUCAAGGUUGUUCAUGAUCAUAGAAGAGGAUCAUUGGUUUUUGUCCGUGUAUAUUCAGGUACUUUAAACAAUCGCAUGUCGCUUUAUAACACAAACACGAAAACGAACGAGCGUGUAAACAAACUAUUAAAGAUGCAUGCCAAUGAUGCUGAAGAAAUCCCGUGCAUAACCGCUGGCAACAUUUGUGCGCUUGUCGGAUUAAAAUCCACUCGUACUGGUGACACUUUAAUUCAAUUUAACGAUUCUCGUAAAUCACUCCGUCUUCCUAGUAUAGAGAUACCUGCGCCUGUAUUUGUCUGUGCUGUUGAGCCGGCAACAGUAUCGGACGAGAAGCCGUUACAAGAGGCACUGGAAAAUGUGUUAAGAGAAGAUCCUUCUUUGCAUGUCAUCAAUGACGAAGAGACUGGACAGACGCUAAUUAGUGGGAUGGGAGAGCUUCACUUGGAAAUUGUCAGAGACAGGUUAUUGAACGACUUCAAAGUCAGGGCAGAAAUCGGAAAGAUGCGAAUUUCGUAUAGGGAGAGUAUUAUCGAUGAGAUUGAGCAUACCUGUUUGUACGAUAAAGAAAUUAUGGGUAAACGAGCAAGAGUUCAGAUGUCGCUGAAUAUUAGCAGAUUAACAGAGGGUGAUUCUGGAAUAGCAGAAGAAGGAGGAAAUCGCAUUGAACUUGAUUUAUCGCAACAGUCUUCUCCUACACAAACACCCACACAGGGGCCAUCACUCCCACCCGAAGACAUUGCAACUUCAAUUCGCAGUGGUCUUGUUUCUGCACUAUACCUCAUCUAA